AUGUCUGAUGACGAAGAAGAUGCAAGCGUGUACGAUCAAGAUGACGACUCGACGCCUCCAACAUUUUGGCGUGCAAGUGCAAACGCAGUGGAAGCAACGGACCUAGCAGAACCUGUGACUUUUCAAGACGCGAUCAAUGGUCCUGAUCAAACUCACUGGCGAAAUGCUGUGAAGGCGGAACUCAAGUCGAUGCAUCUUCGUGGAGUUUUCCGUGCGGCAAAACUGCCAAGAGGCCAAGGCGCGAUCGGCACCAAGUGGGUGUUCAAGAUCAAGCGCAAAGCGGAUGGAUCGGUCGAGAAAUACAAGGCGCGUCUCGUUGCCAAGGGCUUCAAGCAGAAGUACGGCAUCGACUACACAGAGACGUUCUCGCCCGUGGUCAAGUACGUGACACUGCGUAUGGUGAUCGCGAUCACCAAGUAUUUCGACUGGCCACUGGACCAACUCGAUGUGGUGACAGCCUUUCUCUACGGAGUGAUGAAGGAGAAGGUGUACUGCGUGAUACCAGAAGGCGUCGAGAUGGAUGGCGACUUCGACUGUCUCGAGUUGGUGAAGGCGAUCUACGGUCUCAAGCAAGCUUCACGUGUGUGGAACGAGACUUUCGACGAGUUCGUAUGCUCCAUCGGUUUCGAAGCGUCGGCGUUCGACCCAUGUCUCUACAUCAAGGUUGUCGACGGUCACUGUGUGCUCGUGCUGGUCUACGUGGAUGACGUGUUGGUCACCGGCAGCUCGCUUGAGUUGAUUGCGCAGACGAAGGCCGACCUCAAGACGCGUUUCGAGAUGACCGACAGUGGCAAGUGUACUUUUGUACUGGGCAUCGAACUGGUGGACGAAUCGGAUGGCAGCGUGACAAUGUGCCAGCGACGGUAUGUCAACGACAUCCUCAAGCGCUUCGGCAUGGAUGCGUGCAAGGCCACAGCAAGUCCGGUCGACUUGAGCACUCGGCUUGUCGCAAGCACCGAAGCGGCCAAGAUCGACGUUCCGUUUCGUGAAGCUGUGGGAGCUUUGAUGCACUUGACGACUGCGACGCGCCCGGACAUUGCGUAUGGUGUGGGGUACGUCUCGCGCUUCAUGGAGAAUCCGCAGCAAGAACAUUGGACGGCGGUGAAGCGCAUCUUUCGUUACUUGCAAGGGACCAAGUCGCACGGACUCCGCUUCCAGCCAAGCGACAAGAUCGACUUUCGUGGCUACUCGGACGCGGACUGGGCCGGCGACCACGCUGAUCGCAAGUCGACUUCGGGUUACACUUUCAUGCUGAUGGGUGCUCCUGUGAGUUGGGGAAGCAAGAAGCAGUCAAGUGUGUCGCUGUCGACGAGUGAAGCGGAAUACAUCGCACUGAGUCUGGCCAUCCAGGAAGGCAAGUGGGUGCAUCGCCUGCUAUGCGAGAUUUUGGCGGCCGCAAACGAACCAGGACCGGACCUCGUCAUCCGUGAAGACAACCAGUCGUGCAUCAAGAUGACGAAGAAUCCGGUGAAUCAUGGCCGCGCCAAGCACAUCGACAUCAAGUACCAUCACAUCCGUGAUGAGGUCAAGCGCGGGAAGUGCAGCUCGAGUAUUGCGAGACUUCCGUGA